AAACCUCUUCCUCCUCAGAAGCGCCGUCGGAAAGAUCCCGCCCCCGCGUUCCUCGGGGCCCCUCCCCGCCUUGGUAUUCUGUUUGCCUGAGGAGGGAGCAGCUGCUUCCAUCCAGCCCAGCAAUGCAGCAGGCAGAGCUUGGAGGUUCUGAGACCAUGGCAGGCCAGGGGACAGGACCGAGCAGAACCCGCGGGAGCCUGUGUCAGGAGGGUGCAUCAGAGCAGGGCUGCUCCCCGCAGGAACUGAGGCUUCUCCUCCUGGGGAAACAGGGUGCAGGAAAAAGUGCCACAGGGAACACUCUUCUGGGCAAAGCUGUGUUCACGACCAAACUCAGUGGGCAGAUGGUGACGAAAAGUUGCCAGAAAGAGGAGAGCAGCGACAAGAAAGGGGAAAAGGUGGUGGUCAUCGACACCCCCGACCUUUUCUCCUCACAAGCUUGUGCUGAAGACAGGGAACAGAACAUUAAAGCCUACUUAGCGCACUCUGCGCCCAUCCUCCACGCCCUGCUGCUGGUAAUUCGCAUCGGCCGCUUCACGGAGGAGGACUCACAGACAGUCCAGGGCAUCCAGGAGGUGUUUGGAGCUGAAGCCAGGAGGCACACCAUUGUAACCUUCACUCGGAAGAAUGAAUUGGGAGAAAACGAGUCGAUGCGAGAUUACAUUGACAGCAACAAGUCUGUUAAAGAGUUGGUUCAAAACUGUGAAGGCCGAUACUGGGCUGUCGAAAACAAGGCAGGUGAGGAUCAGAGGGACAGCCAGGUGGAGGAGCUUCUCGACAUGGUCAAGAGUUUGGUGAAGAGCCAAGGACCAUAUCGCGUGACCUCCAGAAAUGAAGGCCGUGGGUUCCAGGUCCCUGUGAAUGAAGCCAAAUCUCAGAAGGGGGACAAGCCACAUAAGACCCUGAACAUUGUCCUCGUGGGGAGGAGCGGGACUGGAAAGAGUGCGACGGGAAACACCAUCCUGGGGAGUUCCGAGUUCCGCUCGCAGCUCCAAGCACAGCCACUAACCAAGACGUGUCAGGAAAGCAAGACGACGGUGGCUGGUCAGGACAUUGUCGUUGUGGACACUCCUGCGCUCUGCCUGCUUCUUGCUGAAGGAGACACAUCCGAGCUAACGAAGCUCCAAGGGUAUGUGUUCAGCUGUGAAGACAGGGACACCAUCUUUGUCCUGGUGCUCCAGCUAGGACGAUUCGUUCAACAGGACCAAAAGGUGGUGAAGAUGCUACAGGAAAUCUUUGGGGAAAAGGUUAUGAAGUACACAAUCAUACUGUUCACCCGGAAGGAAGACCUAGGGGACGGGGAUCUUGACAAUUAUGUGAAAAAAACAGAUAACAAAGCUCUUAAGAAGCUAAUUAAACAGUGUGCAGGGCGAGUUUAUGCUUUUAACAACAAAGAAACUGGUCAAGCCAGGGAGGAACAGGCAAGAGGUCUUUUGGAAAUGGCCAACAAGCUGAUAAGUAGCCAUGGAGGGCACGGAUUUUCCCACGCACAGGAGAAUGUCAACAAAACAAAAAUGUGGCCAAAAAAAGUACCAAACCUAAAGAAUUUCAAAGAUAAGUCAUAGGCAGCUGAAAUGCCUGGGGUCUCCAGUGGGGGUAGGCAUGGUAGGGCUUGAAAAGUAAAUGCACCUCACCUUGUGAUGCUUCAGCUCUUUGUAGUUAAAUCAGUUGUCAGGCUGGGGCAGGUAGUAGGGGGUUAUAAAGGAAAUGAACAUGACUUGAGUGAGGUUUCAAAAGAUUGUAUUGCUAAUCAUCACAGUGAAAUAGGCUAGAACCAAAAGCAGAAGCAGACUAGAAUUGCCGUGAUCAGACAACCUUGCAGAGUCCUAAAAUUCUAAGUAUAAUUCUAGAUUUCCUCUAUAAAAAACUAUUGAAAGCUCUUUUGCUCUUCUGUCUCCUCUCUCUCUCUCUCUCUCUCUCUCUCUCUCUCUCUUUCUCUCUUUCUGUUAGGAAUUAGCUUAAAACUCAGAAAAUGCAAACAAAAAUGGUUAAACACAUUAGGAGCUUAUAGUGUCUCACAUCAAGAUGUCCAGCAGAGGCUGUCUGAGGCUGGGGUGGUACCAACGCUCCAGCUUUGUUCUCAUGCAGCCUCCACAUGUCAGGCACCUUCUUGGUUCCAAGGGGGUGACAUCCUAACUGUGACUAAGCAGAUUACGUUGACAGCUGCCUGAUAUGGGCACUACACGAGAACUAUGGAAUCUUCACCCAGUAGAUGUAGGGCCAGGUGAUUUCAAGAUUAACCACUUUAUAGAUGUUUCAAGAACAAGAUCUGUCAUCUGCUUUUGUUUUUUUGAAAGCAUCAGGCUACCUUCAAGAUUAACCCAUUUAUGAAUGCAUGGGCUGUCACCACUAAUCCUUUUGUACUACAUAACCCUUAACAUGACAAAUUCUGGAAAAUGUGUGUGUAAAUAUAUUCAGUUGAGUGAAAUAAUAAAGAUGAAUUAUGUUAUGGA